AUGCCGGUUUCCAGCGAUUGGUGUAUAAAAGCGCUUGGAAGCCGCCAAAGAAUCACAUCUGACAACAAUGCGCUUCUUCUUCGUGCUCUAUGCUCUCUUCCUCAUUGCUUCGGCGACGUCUCUUCGCGAAAAGAGGCAGUGCGGUUGCUCAGCGCAGCCGACGUGCUCCUGCCAGCAAUUCGCGCCCCAGAAGUACACCUGCGACUGCCAGCAGCAGGCUCCGACGUCUUCCUGCUCAUGCUCCCAGCGUAUUGUGCAACAGGAGUGGCGCACUGGCAAGUCGCCAAGCAACUGGUCUGGCAUUGGGUGUCCGAUUGGCAUUGUUGGGUGCAGCUCUGCUGGCAAGCUGGAGCGCAUUGUGAAGACGUCGCCUGCUGCUGGCAGUCGCAGGUGUACUUCUGGGGCGCGAAUUGCUGGCAGGAGCACGUCGGCUGUGUUGAGCAACCGCAUUGUCUCUUAUCGCGAAGAGACGAUGCCUAA